GCGAAACAGCAGCAGAGCAGCACUGACUUCUCAGUCUACCCUGUAAAACUUUGAUUUCUGUCGUCCCAUUUUUGAAGACAAGUUUUAUACAUGGGUGAAACGAAGAUUACUCCUGAGGUGUUGGAGCAACUACUGCAAUUUUACAAUCUUACUCGUCAGGAGUUUAUUGAGACGUAUCAUAUUCAGCCGUUGGUUUACAUCCCUGAGUUACCGGCCAGCGCCAAAACGGCCUUUGUUAUUUUGUACACGGUGAUUUUCCUUCUGGCUCUCAUUGGCAAUAGUCUGGUUGUCUAUAUUGUCUUAAGAAAGCGCGGGAUCCAGACUGCCACGAAUAUUUUCAUCUGCUCUCUAGCCGUCAGCGACCUUCUGAUAUCUUUCUUCUGCAUCCCAUUCACUCUGCUGCAAAACAUCUCCUCUGAAUGGUUCGGGGGUGCGUUGGUGUGCAAGACAGUUCCCUUUGUUCAGACCGCUGCGAUUGUGACUGGCAUUCUCACAAUGACCUGCAUCGCUGUGGAGAGGUAUCAGGGGAUUGUACACCCUCUGAAAAUAAAAAGACAGUGCACACCACAAAGAGCAUACAGAAUGCUGGGGGUUGUCUGGAUUGCAGCCAUGAUGGUUGGAUCUCCAAUGCUCUUUGUUCAACAAUUAGAGGUGAAAUAUGAUUUUUUAUAUGAUCUCCAUCAUGUGUGCUGUCAGGAGUGCUGGAGCUCGAGUGCCCAUAGGAAGCAGUAUGCAACCUUCAUUCUAGUGUUUCUCUUCCUCCUGCCUCUUGCAGCCAUGCUGCUACUCUACACCAGAAUUGGUAUUGAGCUCUGGAUUCGGAAACAAGUUGGAGACUCUUCAGUCCUCAAUACCAUGAACCAAAGAGAGGUCUGCAAAAUAUCCAGAAAGAAGCGAAGAGCCAUCAAGAUGAUGGUCACCAUUGUUGUGCUGUUUACUGUCUGCUGGGCACCUUUUCAUACAGUUCAUAUGCUGUUUGAAUACAAUUACCUGAACAAAACAUAUGAUGACAUCACAGUCAAUACGCUUAUUGCUGUUGCACAGGCCAUAGGAUUUUCUAAUUCUUUCAACAAUCCUAUUAUUUAUGCUUUUAUGAAUGAGAACUUCCAGAAGAACUGCAUGUCCAUGUCCACCUUUUCCUUUUGCAUUAGGCGGUCCAGUCAACGUGUCGAUGUUAUGGACAAAUCGACUAAGGACAAGGUACUUUUUUGUAAGUCUGCCAGACAAGAAGAAGACAUCUCUGUCGUGAAUACAUAUAGUUGAUCAAGUACAAUCUGCAAGAACAAACAUGCAAACAUCACUGUCUUUUCUGGAGUAUCUAUCUAUCUAUCUAUCUAUCUAUCUAUCUAUCAUCAAAUAUAUACUGUUCAAAAGUAAGAUCUUUUAUGUCUUUUAUGCUCACCAAUGCCAUAUUUAUUUAUUCAAAAUACCGGAUAAACAUUAAUAUUGAUAAAUAUUAUUACAAUUAUUAUAUUGUAAUUUAUUCUAUUGUAAUUUAUCAAAUAAAUGUAAUUUAUUCCUGUGAUGGCAAAACUGAAUUAGCAGCAUACAUUAUUGCAGUCAAAUGAUCCUUAAGAAAUAAUUACAGUAUCCUUAGUGUUCAAGUAUGAUUUUUUUUUUAUGUAUGUCUAUGUAUGUAUGUAUAUAUGCAUGCAUUUAUUUAUUUAUUUAUUUAUCAGUGGUGAACAGUUGUGCUCCUUAAAGGAGUAGUUCACUUAAUAAUAAAAAUUCUGUCAUAAUUUACUAACUUCCCACUUGUUCCAAAACUGAGUUUCUUUCUUCUAUUGAACACAAAAGAAGAUAUUUUAUAAAAAUGUUGGGAUCCUAACAGUUGAUGACCACCAUUGACUUCCAUAGUAGGAAAAAAACUCAUACAGGUUUGGAACAAGUGGGGUGUUUGUAAAUUAUGACAGGAUUUUUAUUCUGAAAGUGAACUACUUUAAUAUUAUUGUGCACAGGAAACUUUCAUUAAUAGAAAGUUCAGAAAAAAACAUAAUUUAAAAGAAGAAAAAAAAUAGAUAUCAUUCAGGAUUUUUUUUGUCUCCAAGACAAUGACAGACCAUUACAUUUCUGCAAAGGUUUUUAUUUAUUUUAAAUAAACUGUACUCUCAGAUACACUGGUUUCA